CAACUGGGAAGACCCUUGCUCUCAUUUGGCAAUAUUUUGGAUAUCCUUGAAAAGACACCAAAAUGUGCCUUAACUCGACUAAGAAGAGGUUAAACAGCAUUGAUAUUCAUCCAAAGUGAUUAUUUUUUUAAGCAGAUGCUUGGCUUUCAUGGAAAAAAUGAGAGUUGUGGAAGAUUCAUUUAAACUCGCAACCGAAAGCAUCACAGACCACUGGAAUAGUCUGCAUCGUACAUCAGCACUUUCUUUUCAUCGUUAUUACGUAAAACCUCUGGAAGCACCUUGGGCGUUUUACAUUUUCUAUUCUUUGCUGCAGAAGCAGUCUGCUCCCUGGAAUUCUGACCUGUGGUGAACAGGACCCUGGCAAAGGCUGUGCUGGGGACUCUAGGACGAUCUGGCCUCUAAUCCAGCCUGGUUAAUUGUGAAAAGUGUACACAUUUCUGGCUUAUCUAUGCUUUGUUAUGGGUCUGACGUGCAGCUACCUCGUCCCCACCCCACCCCCCAGCAGAGAACCCAAAUCCAGUUGAAUUGUUACAGUGUUUCGGAGCUGGAGCCUUGAACUGCUUCCUUGGUCAAACAACUUUGUUUCUGGUUGUAAAAGGCAUUUCAGGAAAAAAAAAAAAAAAAAAAAGGAAAAUCGAGAGAAAUUCAAAACCAGGAUGCCUUGAGACACACGCAGCAUCUGGUGGAGGAUUAACAUACAUACAUGUGUAUGUAUGCGUCACGUAUAUAUUUACUGCAAAUGGUGGGGAUCAUUUAGUGCCCGAGAUGGGAGACCUGAAGUCAGGUUUUGAAGAGGUGGAUGGCGUGAGGCUCGGCUACCUCAUCAUUAAAGGAAAGCAAAUGUUUGCCCUCUCCCAAGUCUUCACGGAUCUGCUGAAGAACAUCCCGAGGACGACCGUGCACAAGCGCAUGGAUCAUUUGAAAGUGAAAAAGCACCACUGCGAUCUGGAGGAGUUGCGGAAACUCAAGGCAAUCAACAGCAUCGCAUUCCACGCCGCCAAAUGCACUCUCAUCUCCCGGGAAGACGUGGAAGCACUCUACACCUCCUGCAAAACCGAGCGUGUCCUCAAGACCAAGCGCAGGAGGGUCGGCCGGGCCCUGGCCACAAAGGCGCCGCCGCCAGAGCGCGCCGCCGCCGCCGCCAGCCCCCGCCCGGGUUUUUGGAAGGACAAGCACCAACUUUGGCGGGGCCUGAGCGGAUCCGCGCGGCCCCUGCCAAUCAGCGCGCAGUCCCCGCGCCCGGGCGCCGCCGCCGCGCGCCCCGCCGCCCAUCUACCUCAGAUUUUUAGCAAAUACCCGGGCUCGCACUACCCGGAAAUCGUGCGCUCGCCUUGCAAACCCCCUCUAAACUAUGAAACUGCCCCGCUCCAGGGAAACUACGUUGCUUUUCACUCGGACCCUGCUUAUUUUCGGAGCCUGCUGUGCAGCAAGCACCCGGCCGCCGCCGCCGCCGCCGCCGCCGCUGCCGCCGCCGCCGCCGCCGCCGCCGCCGCCUACUACCAGGCUUCGGCGGCCGGGCCCCAGCCCAAGGCGGCGGCGGCGGCGGCGGCGGGCGCGGGAGGUCCGGUGAGCCUGACCUACCGGUGCAAGCGCAAGCGCGGGGGCGCCAAGGACUGCUUGCUCGCGCCCCACGCCGGCGCCCGCCGCCUGCUGCUGCUGCCCAGGUCCUACAAAGCCAAGGCGGCGGCGGCGGCGGCGGCGGCAGCGGCGGCGGCGGCGGCCGCCGGGGCCACUUGCCUGGAGAGGUUUCAUCUGGUUAACAGCUUCUGCCCGCCUCCCCACCACCACCACCACCACCAUCACCACCACCACCACCACCACCACCGGGCCCAACAGCCGCAGCAGAAUCACCACCCCCCUCAUCACCACCGGCCGCAGCCCCAUCUCGGCAGCUUUCCCGAGAGUUGUAGCAGCGACUCGGAGUCCAGCUCCUACUCGGACCAUGCAGCCAACGACUCCGAUUUUGGCUCCAGUUUGUCCAGUUCCAGCAACUCCGUGUCCUCGGAGGAAGAGGAGGAGGAGGAGGGAGAGGAGGAGGAAGAGGAGGAGGAGGAGGAGGAGGAGGAGGAGGAGGAGGGGGGCAGUGGGGCCUCGGAUUCCAGCGAAGUCAGCUCGGAGGAGGAGGACUCGUCCACGGAGUCGGACUCCAGCUCCGGCUCCAGCCAAGUGUCGGUGCAGAGCAUCCGUUUCAGACGCACCAGCUUCGGCAAGCCUCCCAGCGUGCAGGCGCAGGCCAACUUCUUGUACCAUCUGGCCUCCGCCGCCGCUGCAACCAAACCCGCUGCUUUCGAGGAUGCCGGCAGACUUCCCGACCUCAAGAGUAGUGUCAAAGCCGAGUCGCCGGAGGAGUGGAAUCUACAGAGCUGGGCCCCCAAAGCGUCUCCGGUGUACUGCCCGGCCAGCCUGGGGAGUUGUUUCACAGAGAUAAGGAACGAUAGGGUAUCUGAGAUUACAUUCCCACACUCUGAAAUUUCCAGUACUGUAAAGAGAACUGACCUGACAAUUAACUGCUUGGCGGAGGGGGCCUCUUCACCUAGCCCAAAGACAAACAAUGCAUUUCCACAACAAAGAAUACUCCGAGAGGCUAGGAAAUGCCCACAAGCAACUCCUACUACGCACUGUGCUGAUAACAACACAAUAGCUGCUAGGUUCUUCGAUAAUGAUUCUUCAGGAGCAGCCGCAAAUUCAGAAAAAGACUCCAAAAUCCCUCAUUGUGCUGAAUUUGCUACGGAUUUGUCCUCUUCCCAAACCGCUUCUGAGGUGGAUGGAGCAGCACCAGCAGCAGCAACGAAAGCUGAGAAUCCGUGCACUAACGCGGGCGACAAGACCUUGCCAUUUCUGCACAAUAUUAAAAUCAAAGUAGAAGACAGUAGUGCUAAUGAAGAAUAUGAACCUGACCUUAUUACAAAUAAGCUUAAGUGCGAGUGCAAUGAUACAGAGGGUGAGUUUUACAGUGUGACUGAAAGUAAAGAGGAGGACGCCUUGUUAACCACAGCCAAGGAAGAAGGUUUUGCAUGCCCUGAAAAAGAAACGCUUUCCUUAAACCCACCGGCUCAGAGUCAGGGCCUCUCAUGCACUUUAGGUUCUCCAAAACCCGAGGAUGGGGAAUAUAAAUUUGGUGCCAGGGUGAGAAAAAAUUACCGGACACUGGUACUGGGAAAACGACCCGUACUUCAGACACCUCCAGUCAAACCAAAUUUGAAAUCAGCUAGAAGUCCUCGUCCUACAGGUAAAACCGAAACACAUGAAGGAACACUGGAUGAUUUUACAGUUAUAAACAGACGCAAAAAGGUAGCCAGCAAUGUAGCAUCAGCAGUGAAAAGGCCAUUUAAUUUCAUGGCAAAUUUUCCUUGUCCACCAUCACUCAUUAUUGGGAAGGAUGGGGAUUUGUGGCCGGCGUAUUCCUUAAACACCACUAAGGAUUCCCAACCUCCUCACAAAGCCCAUCCUAUAUGGAAAUGGCAGCUGGGCGGUUCUGCAAUACCUCUUCCACCGAGUCACAAAUUCAGGAAAUUUAAUUCAUAAAAGUGUUUUGGAAGAUAUUUUCUUGAACCACAUUACCUUCCUUUUGUUGUAUAACUGCACAGGAUGGUUUGUACAAGUCCAUUAAUGUGUUACACCCCUUUUGGAGCCCUGGUUUAUCGCAUUUUGAAGACAGAAAUCGGAUUACUUUUUUUCCAUUGCGGGUUUUUUUUUUUUUUUUUUUUUUUUUUUCUCCUGGAGGAGGGUGGGGGCGGGGUGGGAGAAGGGUUGGUUUACAUUCCACAGACUACUUCAGGCUAAAGACUCAAGUAAAACUCAGUUAUUAAGGUAGAGCUGGAACACUUUACUGUUUCAAUGCUAAUAAUGCACCCGGUACCUCAAUUCAACUGCUACAAAUAAAUGUCAAAAGGUUGAAUAAUAAAUAUUACAAUGAGCCAUUAAGUUUAUGCACUAGAUUUCAGACCUGAAAGUGUAACUGUUAAUUCAGUGAAAGUUUGUUAGGUUACGUGGUUACACAGUGAGGUAGAAAGAAGUUUCUGUGAGCCCAAAAUGUUCUUUUCUGGAGCUCUUUUUUGUGGGGUAUCUUUUUCUUUUGCUCCCCUCAUUCCUUCUCCAAGAGUAGUUGCACUUAAUUUUCUUUCUUUCUUUCUUUCCUUCUUUCUUUCUUUCUUUCUUUCUUUCUUUCUUUCUUUCUUUCCUUAUCUCUAUCUCUUUCUUUCUUUUUUUUGAGUGGAAAGAUUGGGGAGUCCUGCUUGAAUGCUGGUAAAAGCUGCCUCAUAUAUACUGAGUAAAAGGAAUAUGAGAUUGCUUUUUUUUUUUUUUCUUGUAAAGGAUGGGAUUUUACUCCUUGCAAUUGGAAAAAGUCCUUUUUGUGUUCUCACCCAAAGGUUAUAAAUAAGGUGACUCUUAUUCACUAUUGUCCUGCUUACCUUGUGGUCUGACUCCUCAAGUUUGACUCCUCAAACUUGCAAAACAAUUAAAUAGUUCCCUUAAUAGCAGGAUAUUUUAUGGUCUGACUCUUCAUAAUGACAGAGCAGUAAAUACAACCGAGAAAAGUACAAUGGGUCAGAGUUCUAAGCAUAUCCCCAAUGAAAAAUAACAGUUAUUUUAGGGCUCUUUGGUAUCAGAACUCAGGCACUUGGGUUUUAUUACCUUUUACUUUUUCUGCAUCUCUCGAAACUUCUGUUUUCAGACCAUCCUGUGAUAAAGCAGGAGAGUUUCUACUGCAAGUGACAAUCAGAGGUGACUAUCUAUAUUUGCACUUAAAAUCAAAGUAGUUCAACAUGCAAAUGGCUAGGGUCUAGCCCUUGGUAAGGGCCAUGCUGGUGUGCUAUCUUGUGAUGAUGGAAGCAGCAAAUCAAAAUUAUGGAAAUUUGCACUGUUGAAAAGCAUGCUUUAGCUUUAUUUUCAAUUAAAAACACUGUUUAAAAUUC